AUGUCUUUUCAUUUUCAUCCGGUGAACUGUCAUAAUUCGGCAUGUAAUCCAUUUUGCGACGCUGCUACACGUGAGAUACAUACUGGUUCCUCUUCAUUCAUUAUCAAUUUGGACAUCAAAGGAAGAACAACUGUUGAAAACGAAGAAAUUUUCGAAAUUUUUAUCCAAGAUGUUUGUAAAUGAUUCAAAUGUAUUUGAUCGUGACUGUAGUGACAGUGAAAUAAGUUGGUUAGGUGAACCCGUUACCAGUAAUGAAACAAAAAAAAAUUUUAAAGUUAAUGUUAUCAGCAAUGGCGACGAGUCAAUUUUCAUGAUUAAAGAUUUGAAGCAAUUUUCAUAUCUCCAGACUGAAAUAUCGCAGCGAUAUCCUGACCGAAAUCAAGAAGACCUUACCGUCAAGUUUUUGGGUAAUUUCCCUGAUAAGAAUUUCAAUUUCGUGCUGAUCGAGUGUGAGGAAGACUUCCAAAUUUUCAUGAGAAAGUGCAAUGAUCAGAAUUUAUAUGUGUCAUGGGUGAAGGAAAAUUCGACGCCCAUAAAUGAACCGGCAAAUUCAAACGACAUUCCAAUGGAUAUAUCAUUCAUGGCUCUACUCCUCUUCAUCCUGUUCUUGGUCAUUGCAAUAUUUUUCGUAGGAGCUCGUAAAGAAACGGCUGAAACUGUUUGUGAAAGUCGAGUGGACCACUGGUCGGGACAUAAAAAAAUUAUUCGAGAAUUUUGCGAGCAAUAUCCUUCAACGGAAGAAUGUCAGCACAUAAUUGUGGAGUUUCUCUCCUUUAUGGCUUUAGAUUCUUUAAUAGGAGCAAGUGUAUAAAUAACAGAUAAAUUUGCAAAUAAAACGUGCCUGUUCACAGAA